AUGCUUGAAGCCCGGGCCGAGCCCUCGGAGGGGUUCUCCGAGGAGAAGACGGAGCCCUUCUCUCAGUCAGAGAUUGAAGCCCGCUUCCCUGGCGUCGGCGUCGAGGAGCCCGUCAUCCCCACCGACCCAGAGGCCGUUCCGCUCGACGUCUUGCAGGUCGAAGAUCACCACCACAAGCAAGGCAUCCGCAUCCUCGUGCGGCCUCUCACCAAGCUGCCCGGCUCUCGUUCAGUGAGUCCCGGCAGCGACAAUUGCCAGUGGCUGGCUCUCCGCGCCGAGGUGGCUGCCUCGGACAAGCCUGAACACAAAGUCCUUGCUGUGACUCAGACCGCCAAGGACAUCAAGUUCUCAGUCAGAAUACCCGGCUCUGCGGAAGAAGACUUGUCACGGCCGCCACUGUGGUGUGAACUCUAUUACGAUCCCGCCAGCGACGAAGUCAUCUUCCUGAACAAGUCGGACGUGCCCAUCUUGCUCGGCCAGAUAUCUCGUAGCGCCGCCGCCAGCACUCCACCAAGCGAGCGCCACGUUAUCAACCCAGGCCUUGCCAAGGGCCUGAGGCCGGGAACUUUUAGAAUCAAAGUGAGAGAUAUUGCAGUAUUAGAUUUUCGCAUUCUAGAGAAGCGACCAGUUGUUAUUUAUGAGCCGCCACUUUCACCAGUAGUGGAGGACUCGCCACCGCCAUCGCCGUCGUUCAUCACAACUGACCACCUCAACACGAGCCUGAAAAGGGCCCUCACGCCAGACGAAGAUGUCAAAAGGGCAAAGCGACGUAUUUCGGAUGCCAGCGUGGGACCAGACGACGGCGUCAUCAUGUUUCUGGGACCGGCCGAGCCUCUAGUCUUCCCUCUUCCCAACGCGAGAGAGGGAAAGGAAAUAGCGUCAGCCAAUGGCCAUGCACUCCUAGACGCAGAGCAGGGCGACAUGAUUGCCGUGCCUGGCGUCUGUGAACUCGACCAAUACCAGUUGACCAAACGUGACCUGAUUGCGUCCACCGCUCUGUCAGCAGUCUUCACUGCAUCGCAUUCGCAGGUGCCGAAUAACAUUGUCACUGUCAAAGUUCUCAAGACCAGAGUCGCAAACCCAGACAAUAAGCCGCUGGUACACGAACGGAAUGUCAUCCGCCAAGCAGACAUGUGGCUGCGAGAAUGCCAAAGCCAACAGGACCUACAACAUGAGUCUAUUGUGCGCUAUUACGGAGGAGACGCCAGGUACCUGAGUCUGUAUAUGGAGCAUAUAGACGCAAAGGACCUCACUUCUCCUGCCCACUGGAGGAACAAAAGUAACGAUGAGUUUACGGGAACUCGGGACGAUUCCAUUCGAAUCCUGCGUGAUAUUUCGAAUGCUCUCAGCUAUCUCCAUAACCGCAAACUGGUACACAACGACAUCAAGCCUGCCAAUAUCCUAUAUUCGCCUGAGCGCGGCGCUGUGCUCUGUGACUUUGGAUUAACCACGGUGGCGUCAAGUACUCCCUCUGGAGGCGGAACUCCAUACUAUAUCCCACCCGAGUAUAUCGCGCGCAAAACUCGAGGCCCUGAAUCGGACGUCUGGGCUUUGGGCGUCACGAUGCUGUACACAAUGCAAUUCAUUAAAUUUCCCGACUCACGCGCACGAAGGCAACAUCCCAAGCCGCUAUACUGGCAAAUCGCGCAGAUCCACGGCCAGCCAGCAUCGCCAUAUGCUUAUAAGCAAUAUGGCAACGGCCAACCAGCCGUGAAUCAGAUGCGAGACUGGCUCGCAGAGAUAUAUGAAGCAAGAGAGAGAUUGACACCCAAAGACCGCUUAGAGCGCUUGGUAAAGGACAUGUUGGCGCCAAACCCAGCCCACCGCAUCACAAUGGACAAGAUUGUCAGAGAGCUCUCCAUUGAGCAAACAGUUGCAGCAUGA